AUGGCUGGACAAUCCAAACCUGUGCUGUCGCCAUGGGGCAGCGCCGUUGCAGGCGCAACAGGUGCCGUCCUUGCUAAUGCGCUGGUCUACCCGCUUGACCUAGUCAAGACGAAACUACAAGUACAAGUCAAGGAGAAGAAUGGACCCGUGCGGGCCGAAGAUCUCGAACAUUACGAAUCGACCGUGGACGCUAUCACCAAGAUCGCAGAGAAGGAGGGCUUCAGCGGCCUAUAUGCCGGAAUGGCUGGAUCUCUUUUGGGUGUCGCCUCUACAAAUUUCGCAUACUUCUACUGGUACAGCGUCGUAAGGACUCUUUACAUGGCCUCGGUCAAAUCCCCGACACCCCCCGGCACCGCGAUUGAACUCUCCCUGGGUGCCGUUUCGGGCGCUGUGGCUCAGAUCUUCACCAUCCCGGUGGCUGUCAUUACGACCCGGCAACAGACACAACCCAAGAACGACAAGAAGGGAUUGAUCGAUACAGGCCGAGAGGUGGUUGAGAGCGAGGACGGCUGGUCCGGCCUGUGGCGUGGCUUGAAGGCUAGCUUGAUUUUGGUCGUCAACCCGGCUAUCACUUAUGGCGCAUAUCAGCGCCUCAAGGAAGUUAUCUUCCCAGGAAAGAAUAACCUCAAGCCUUGGGAGGCCUUCCUCCUGGGUGCCAUGUCUAAGGCUAUGGCCACGAUUGCAACCCAGCCUCUGAUUGUUGCCAAGGUUGGACUGCAGUCUCGCCCCCCUCCUAGCCGCAAUGGCAAGCCCUUCAAGUCCUUUGGUGAGGUCAUGAAGCACAUUGUUGAUAAUGAGGGUCUCUUUGCCCUCUUUAAGGGUAUUGGACCCCAGAUCCUAAAGGGUCUGUUGGUCCAGGGUUUGCUCAUGAUGACCAAGGAGAGGAUGGAGCUUCUGUUCAUUCUCCUGUUCGCCUACCUCAAGAACAUCAAGAAGGAGAAGCUGAGCAAGGUGGUCGAUACGGCAGCAGCAAAGGCCAAGACCAGCAUGCCUGCCACCCUGAAAUAG